AUGUCUCCAGAAAAUGCCGAACGUUUAAAAGAAGUUCAUAGUACUGCUUUGCAAAUUUUUCCCCAUCUCAUGAAUUUUGGAACAUCCGCAGAGGGUGAAGUUACCAAGCCGGAAACAUCAUUUACAGCUGAUGUUGAAGAAGAAGCAAAUUCAUAUUAUGAGAGAGUUUACCGUCAGGAAAUUACUAUAGAUGAUGUAAUUAAGCUUCUUCAGAAGUUUAAAAAUUCUUCAGAUCGUCGAGAAAAUAACAUUUUCUCAUGUAUGGUGCACAAUUUAUUUGAUGAAUACCAAUUUUUCUCAAAGUAUCCACAAAGGGAACUUACCAUAACAAGUGUAAUAUUUGGUUCCCUCAUUCAGUAUCAACUAGUAGAAUAUUAUGCUCUUGGUAUUGCCUUACGUUACGUAUUGAAUUCACUUAGAAAUCCUGCUGAUUCAAAAAUGUUCACCUUUGGAGCUCAAGCUUUGCGUCAAUUUCAAUCUCGUCUUCCGGAAUGGCCACAAUAUUGUUCACAUCUUUUGCAAAUUCCUCAACUUCAACAAGCUUAUCCAGAUAUUAUUAUGACAGUUAGAAAUUCUCUUGCGGCUAAUUCUAAUUCAUCUACAACACCACCAGCUGGUACUUCAAAUGCUAUAAAUUAUACGAAACCAGUUCCUGAACCUUUGAAUAAAGUUAUUGAUAGACCUGCAUUUACAGCAUUAAAUCUAGAUACCUUAUUGGCUGCAGAUAAAGUUGACUAUGAGAUUCCAAGUGAAGCAGUUCAAGACAAAAUUCUUUUCAUAAUUAAUAAUGUUGCUCAAAGUAAUUUAGAAACUAAAGUUUCCGAGAUGAAGGAACUUUUAAAGGAAUCACAUUAUCGUUGGUUUGCUAAUUAUCUUGUUGUAAAAAGGUCCAGCAUUGAACCCAAUUAUCAUCAAUUAUAUUUACAAUUUCUCGAUUCACUUGAAAGUCCAUUACUAAAUAAGCAUGUGUUACGUGAAACAUUUGCCAACAUUAAGAUCUUAUUAAAUUCUCAGAAAACUAUAGAGUCUGCAUCUGAAAGAUCUUUAUUAAAAAAUCUUGGAUCUUGGCUUGGAGGCAUGACACUGGCUCGAUAUGACAGUAAUCGAUUAUUAGUGGCCAUUCCUUUCGUAUGUAAAGUGUUAGAACAAGCAUCCAAGAGUAAAGUUUUUAAACCUCCAAAUCCUUGGUUGAUGGCUAUAAUUAAAUUGUUAGCAGAACUUUAUCAAUUUGCGGAUCUAAAAUUGAAUCUCAAGUUUGAGGUCGAAGUUUUAUGUAAGAGUUUAGAUAUUGACCUCAAAGAAAUUGAGGCAACGACUAUGCUAAAGGAUCGACCUCCGAAGGAAACAACCACUACUCAAAGUACUAGAUUCAUUCAUGAAUUUGAGAAAUGGUCCACUGGUAAUGAUUACGGUACUUCUUCGAAACCAGUACCCGUAACAUCUCAAAUGACAUCUAUUCCAAACACACCAACUAGUCAUAUGCCUAACAUAUCAUUACCUGUGAACG